AAAUUUGAAAAGGUACUAUUGAAAUCAUCAAUGAUGUCCAUAUCUUAAAACCCGGCGAUAAAGUUGGUGCUUCAGAAGCUACUUUGCUUAACAUGUUGAACAUUUUUCCCUUUUCAUAUGGUCUUUUGGUUGAACAGGUUUAUGACUCUGGAGCUAUCUUUGCUCCUGAAAUCUUAGACAUCAAGCCUGAAGAUUUGCGUACCAAGUUCCAAGCUGGAGUUGCCAAUUUGGCUUCAGUUUGUUUGUCUAUUGGUUAUCCAACUGUUGCUUCUGCUCCUCACAGCUUGGCUAACGGUUUCAAGAACAUGUUGGCCAUUACAGCCACUACUGAAGUUGAAUUCAAAGAAGCUACCACAAUUAAGGAAUACAUUAAGGAUCCCAGCAAGUUUGCUACUGCUACUGCUGCCGCUCCAGCUGCUGCUGCUGCAGCAUCUGCUGAAUCCAAGAAAGAAGAAAAGAAAGAGGAAUCUGAGUCUGAAGAUGAUGACAUGGGUUUCGGUCUCUUUGAUUAA